CCCGGAUGUGGCGGGGGCGGGGUUGAGGCGCACUCCGCCCCGGAUCACGUGAGGCGGCGGUCACGUGACGCAGCGAUGGGGACGGCGCUGGACGUGCGGGUGAAGCGCGCCGGGAAGGUCUAUCGCGAUGGGGAAAUCCUUUCUGGAGUGGUGGUCAUAACCAGUAAGGACACAGUGCAGCACCAGGGGAUCUCCUUAACCAUGGAGGGCUCAGUGAAUCUGCAGCUCAGUGCCAAAAAUGUGGGUGUGUUUGAGGCCUUCUGCAACACUGCCAAGCCUAUCCAGAUUAUCAACAGCACCAUUGAAAUGCUGAAACCAGGGAAGCUCCCCAGUGGCAAGACAGAAAUUCCCUUUGAAUUCCCACUGCAAAUGAAGGGCAACAAAGUUCUCUAUGAGACAUACCAUGGAGUCUUUGUCAACAUCCAGUACACCCUGCGCUGUGACAUGAGACGUUCCCUGCUGGCAAAGGACCUGACCAAGACUUGUGAGUUCAUUGUCCACUCCCUGUCACAGAAGGGGAAGCUGCUGCCAAGCCCUGUGGACUUCACCAUUACUCCUGAAACUCUGCAAAAUGUUAAAGAGAGAGCCUCCCUCCCCAAAUUCGUGAUCAGAGGGCACCUGAACUCCACCAACUGUGUGAUCACGCAGCCGCUGACGGGGGAGCUGGUGGUGGAGAGCGCCGAGGCGGCCGUCAAGAGCAUCGAGCUGCAGCUCGUGCGUGUGGAGACCUGUGGGUGUGCUGAGGGCUAUGCCAGGGAUGCCACAGAGAUCCAGAACAUCCAGAUCGCCGACGGCGACGUCUGCAGGGGCCUCCCCAUCCCCAUCCACAUGGUGUUCCCCAGGCUCUUCACCUGCCCCACCCUGGAAACAACCAACUUCAAAGUGGAGUUUGAAGUGAACAUCGUGGUCCUCCUGCACGACGACCAUCUCAUCACAGAGAACUUCCCCCUGAAGCUGUGCAGGAUGUGAACAUCCACAGGAGAAGCAGAGAAGGAUUUUCUGGGAAUUCCUCAGAGGGAAAGUGGAACUUUAUCCAUGCUUGACUUCAGCUGGAGCCACCUCACUUCCUUCUUCCUGUGGACACUUCUUGUGCUUCCACUUCCCUGUUAGCCUGGCCAAGACUUGGCCUCUCUGCAUUUCCCAAUCCUGCUGCCUUCAACAACCACGUUUUUCCCAAUUUUUCUCAGGCAAAUCCUGAAGGAAUCAUUCUGUAGCUUUCUACAGCUUGUAGAAGUAUUCAGCAAGUUCCUCUCUUGAUUUAAUUUUGUAAUAUUUGUUCCAAAGUCCUUUGAAGACCCCUUAAAACUCAUAAAUCCCAUUGUAGCCAUACUGGGAGGAUAUGGGAAUUGUGACACAAUGAGAAAUAAGGUCUUUGAAGGUCUAAAAAAUGGUGCUACAACUCUGGAAGGUGGUGCUGUGGGAUCUGUCCCAAGGUGGAUGGGAAAUGAAUUAUUUCAAAUCAUACCAAGGAAAUUUUGGUCAAACUGGGAACAGGAGUUGGUGUUGGAAGGAAUAAAUUAAUGUGUUACUGUACAACUUAAAGGAAAAGUAAUUCAGUAAGAAACAACCUUCCCAACACAAACGGGUUGUGGAUUUUGAUGUUGUUUUCAUGGAACAGCCACAACUUGUGGGUUUUCCAUUAAGUUUCCAUGUGGAGUAGAGGCAGGCUCAGUCUAUAUUAUGGAAAUUGGAAGUGUAAAGAUGAGCCUCUAAAAAGGCAAAAUUAAGAAAACUAAGAAAAA